UCCAGGGGACGGUUGCUGAGCGGCCCUGGGAUCCCAGGUCGCGGCGCCUCCCGCCCGACCGUCUCUACACCAUCGAUCGGGGCUAGCUAACCCGACCCGCGCCGGACGGGCAAGCCGGAUUGAGAGAAUUCCCUGAGCUGGUAUAUCAGUUGCCACAGGCACUGGAGGUGACGGCAGAGCUAGCAGCCGGCAAGAUGGCAGACGAGGCCUUAGCUGGACUGGACGAGGGGGCCCUCCGGAAAAUGCUAGAGGUCACAGCCGACCUGGCAGAGCGGCGGCGGAUCCGCUCCGCCAUCCGGGAACUGCAGCGGCAGGAGCUGGAGCGAGAGGAGGAAGCGCUGGCAUCCAAACGCUUCCGUGCAGAGCGGCAGGAUCACAAGGAGAACUGGCUGCAUUCUCAGCAGCGACAAGCCGAGCAGCGGGCAGCCCUGGCACGGUUGGCGGGGCGGCUGGAGUCCAUGAAUGACGUGGAGGAGUUGACCACUCUGCUGAGGAGCGCCGGUGAGUACGAGGAGCGCAAGCUGAUCCGAGCUGCCAUCCGUCGGGUCCGGGCACAGGAGAUUGAGGCUGCCACCGUAGCUGGGAGGUUGCGCAGUGGGCGUGCCAACGGUGACUCCGGAGAGGACAACAAGGUGCGGGCAGCACACAGGCUGGACCGGUGUGAGGUGCCAGAGCACAAGGAGCAGGAGCAGUUGACAGAGGUCCCAGUGCCAACUCCAUCUCCCGAGGACACCAGCCAGGAUGUGAGCACAGUGACACUCGUGCUGACGGCCCCACCUGAAGACACAGCCAGCUCGCCUGCCUCACCCGACGAUUCACCUACCACUGCUUCUCCUGAGCCUCCACCAGAGCCUGCUGGGGCCCAGUGUCCUGCUGCUGAGGCCCCGGGCAGCCCUGAGCCAGCUCCCAGCACCCCGGAGGCCCCCAGCCCUGAGCCUCCAGGGUUGCCGGUACCCCCCAGCACUGAGGAGCAAGUGGUCAAGCUCCUGUCUGGCCCCACAGACCCUCCUGCUACCCAGGGCACCACCAGAGGCCUCUCCAACACCAAGAAAGCAGACCUGACUGGGCCCCAGCCUUGCCAACGCUCCCUGUCCGUGCUCAGCCCCCGACAGCCAGCCCAGAAUCAAGAGUCCACCCCCCGUGCCAGUGGACCUUCCCCGUUCCAGAGGGCUGGCUCCGUGCGAGACCGUGUCCGCAAGUUCACGUCUGAUUCUCCUAUGGCUGCCAGGCUCCAGGAUGGGCCACCCCGGGCAGCCCUCGCAUCCCAGACCCCCACAAGGCUCCUGGGCCCCUCCGUCAUCAGCACCACCCCUGCCUCCUCCUCCAGCAGCUCCUCCUCUCGGGGCCCCAGUGACACCUCCUCCGGGUUCAGCAAGGAGCAAAGAGGAACGACUCAGCCCCUGGCCCAGCUUCAGAGCUGCACCCAAGAGGAGGGCCCCGGGGGGCGGGGCUUGGCUGCCAGGUCCCUUGAAAACAGUGCAGGGGGGCCCAGGGCCUGCUCAGAGGAGCCCAGUGCCCCGCUGCCUGUGCCUGUCGGCACUGCAGAGCCAGGGGGCAAUAUGAAGACCACAUUCACCAUUGAAAUCAAGCAUGGCCGUGGCCAGGCCUCCACGGGCCGGGUACUGCUGCCCUCAGGCAACCAGCGGGCAGAACUGACACUAGGGAUGCAGACAUCCCCCACCCUCCUCAGCACCAACAGCGAGGAUAAAAACACUAUCGCCCGUGUCAGCAGCCCUGGGACCCUGGCCCGGCUGGGCAGUGUCACUCAUGUCACCACCUUCAGCCAUGCCUCCCCUGGUAGCCGAGGAGGCUACAGCGUUAAGAUGGAGCCAGAGCCCGCAGAGCCCCCCUCGGUGGCCAUAGAGGCAGCUAAUGGCACAGACCAGACCCGGAUGGACAAAGCACCAGAGGGACGGAGCCCUCUGAGCCGCGAGCAGCUGAUGGCCAUCGAGGAUGAAGGCGUCCUGGACAAGAUGCUGGAUCAGACCACGGACUUCGAGGAGCGGAAACUCAUCCGGGCCGCACUCCGCGAGCUCCGACAAAGGAAGAGAGACCAGCGGGACAAGGAGAGAGAACGGCGGCUGCAGGAGGCACGGGCCCGGCCAGGGGAGGGCCGAAGCAACACGGCCACAGAGACCACCACAAGGCACAGCCAACGGGCAGCUGAUGGCUCGACUGUCAGCACUGUUACCAAGACCGAGCGGCUUGUCCACUCCAAUGAUGGCACACGGACAGCCCGCACCACCACCAUGGAGUCGAGUUUCGUGAGGCGCUCAGAGAAUGGCAGUGGCAGUACCACAGUGCAAACCAAGACCUUCUCUUCUUCCUCCUCAUCCAAGAAAAUGGGCAGCAUCUUCGACCGGGAGGACCAAACCAGUCCACGGCCGGGCAGCCUGGCGGCGCUGGAGAAACGCCAAGCAGAGAAGAAGAAAGAGCUGAUGAAGGCGCAGAGUCUGCCCAAGACCUCCGCGUCCCAAGCGCGCAAGGCCAUGAUUGAGAAGCUGGAGAAGGAGGGGGCCGCGGGGAGCCCUGGAGGACCCCGGACAGCUGUGCAGCGCUCCACCAGCUUCGGGGUCCCCAACGCCAACAGCAUCAAGCAGAUGUUGCUGGACUGGUGCCGAGCCAAGACCCGUGGCUACGAGCAUGUGGACAUCCAGAACUUCUCCUCCAGCUGGAGUGACGGGAUGGCCUUCUGUGCCCUGGUGCACAACUUCUUCCCUGAGGCCUUCGACUACGGGCAGCUUAGCCCCCAGAACCGGCGCCAAAACUUCGAGGUGGCCUUCUCGUCUGCUGAGACCCAUGCGGACUGCCCGCAGCUCCUGGAUACAGAGGACAUGGUGCGGCUUCGAGAGCCCGACUGGAAGUGCGUGUACACGUACAUCCAGGAGUUCUACCGCUGUCUGGUCCAGAAGGGGCUGGUAAAAACCAAAAAGUCCUAACCCCUGCUCCAGGCCCCACGGAUGCUGGUGGACUGCGUACCCCUGGUGGAGGUGGAGGACAUGAUGGUCAUGGGCAAGAAGCCAGACCCCAAGUGCGUCUUCACCUACGUGCAGUCGCUCUACAACCACCUGCGGCGCCACGAGCUGCGCCUGCGCGGCAAGAACGUCUAGCCCGCCGCCCCGCACCGCCCACGCCGCCGGCCGCCGCCGCCACCCCGGCACCGUCAGCCUCCUGCGCGCCCACCGCUGCCGCGUCGUCGCGACACCCUCCCCGCCCCCACACGCAGCCUUUUGAUAAAUUAUUGGUUUUCAACGA